UCUCAUCAAAUUCAUCCUCAGAUCAACGAAAACGAAACAGAUCACAAGUGUUAGUUUGCUACAUUAUUAUACCUUUGUUACAGUGGAAAAAAAAUGGCACAAUACGGAGGAGAUCAGCAGUACGGACACGAAGUUCGCCAGGUCGAUGAGUACGGAAACCCGGUUCGAGUAACCGAUGAGCACGAGACGGUGGUUCGGUCCUCUGCAGGUGGACGGUAUGAACGUGAAGUUACACACACAGAUGAGUAUGGCAACAUUGUUCAGAUAACUGAAGAGUUCCAAAACCAGCCCGUCCAUUCUACCACUGGUGCGGGUGAUUAUGGUACCGCAGGCCACCAAGGGUUGGGUGCAACUAUUGGGCAUGCCCUAGGGGGCACAGGGACGGAUCAUGUUUCCGGCGGUCGUUCUACCGGUCAAACCGGGUACCAGGGCUUGGGUACAGAUGCAGGACACCACCAGGGAUUAGGUCAAGCAACUAGAAGGACUGGAACCGGAUCUUAUGGUACCGGCCAAGACCAAGGAUUGGGUACGAAAAUAAUUCACGGCACAGGCGGUACAGGAACCGAUUAUAAUACCUCCGGUGGUCGUUCCACCGGCCAGACCGGUUACCAGGGUCUGGGUACUGAGACUGGCUCCGGUGGAACGACUGGAUUCCACCAAAACGUACCUAUGGGCGGUACCGGCAUUGGAACUGGAACUAAAGAUGUUUAUGGAGGUACCGGCAUUGGAACGGGUGGUCAUGGUCAUGGAGAUACUCAUGAGAAGAAAGGGGUGAUGGAGAAGAUCAAAGAAAAGCUUCCGGGCGGUCACAGUACCGAUGAACAGACUACUACAACCGGUUAUGGAGAUACCCGUGAGAAGAAAGGGAUGAUGGAGAAGAUCAAAGAGAAGCUGCCCGGACAUCACUGAUUGAAUCAUUAUGUGUAGAAGAAGGAUGAAUGGAAGUAUAAAAUUAAUAUAAGAUAGAAUAUUAAUAACAACCUUGCGUCUUUGAUCAUGUUGAAGUUCUUUCAUUUUUGUCUUGUUUUAUGUUUUAUAGGAUGUUUCUAAUAAAUGUUUUACGUGUGGGAAUGACUUCUUGUUAAAA